UAUAUAUACACCUGUGAGGCGAGGCUGCUUGAGUAAGGAAGGACAUCCUAAAUUCCGAUAUAAUGAAUGAAAACUACUUUACUAUGUGUUGUUGCAGUUUAUAAUUCAAAUUUGUAUGUGAUGGUUGUAGAAUGCUUCUAACAUGCUGUACUCUCUGCCAAUCAUUUUAUUGCUGCUUUUAAAUGCUGUUGACAAGGUAACGCUAGGACAUGCUGAAUCACAAGAUGUCAAUGUUAAUACACAAGGGCCGAAACCACCUUUGGAUGUUGAAACCCUCAAAUUUCUGCACUCAAUAUAUGGAGGACUGGGCCCGGUGAUGAACAGUCCUCUCAAUCGAAAUCUAUCUCGUAGAUCCGUUAAUAUGCCUGCUACAAGGCCGGUUCCAGAGCAGAUUCACCUCUCCUAUGGAGACAACCCAAACGAAAUGGUCCUGGUUUGGAGCACCCCAGCCGCUGCACAGCCAUCUGUCCUGUAUGGCCUAGCCCCUGGUAACUGGAGUACAGAACAGUCUGGCAGCAGUCAAUACUUUCUUGAUGGGAACCAAGAUGGGCUAAAAUAUUUACAUAGGGUGAAGUUAAAGAAUUUAUUACCAGGUACUCGAUAUAGUUUCAAGGUGCGGGCAGAUGACGAAGAGAGUGAACCCUUCGAGUUCGCAACAAUGAGGGAUGGUGUCGACUGGGUUCCACAGCUUCUUAUCUAUGGUGACAUGGGGGUCAAGGGUGGUGCACCAACCUUGAGACCACUCAACCGUGAAGUUGCUUCGGGGGAAAUUGAUGCCAUCAUACACAUAGGUGACUUUGCGUAUGAUCUUCAUGACGAGGGUGGAAAGGUGGGCGAUGAUUUUAUGAACAGAAUUCAAAGCUUAGCCACAAAAGUUCCUUACAUGACAGUCGUUGGUAAUCACGAAAUUGCCCAUAAUUUCAACCACUACCGCUAUAGGUUCUCUAUGCCGAACACUGAUUGGCCAAUUCCAUUGAACAAGAUGUGGUACAGUUUCAACAUGGGCAAAGUUCACUUUGUCAUUUACUCAACUGAGGUUUUUUUCACUAGUGGCCCAGUUGAUGAGCAGUACCAGUGGUUACAGGCCGAUCUCACUCAAGCCAAUCAGAACCGAGAUAAACAGCCAUGGGUGAUUGCCCUCGGCCACCGGCCAAUGUACUGCUCCAAUACAGAUGGUGACGACUGCACUCGUGAAUUUUCUGACGUUCGCCUUGGUCUUGAAGACCUCUUUCAUUCAUAUGGAGUUGAUGUCGUCUUCCAGGGCCAUGAACAUUCAUAUGAACGUCUAUAUCCCAUAAUCAACUAUCAAGUUACAGCCAGGAACUACACCGAUCCUGAGGCUCCGGUACAUAUUAUCAGUGGUGCUGCUGGCUGUAAUGAAUUUAAUCACGUCUGUAUUAAUCCCAUGUUGGGCCCAAUCAAGCCUUGGUCUGCUUUCCGUGCCUGGUUGCCAGGCCUGUACAGCUAUGGUAAGCUAAAGGUGGCCAAUGCCACCCAUCUCCAUUGGCAGCAGAUCCUCUCAGUCAACAGCCAAGUAAUGGAUGAAGUGUGGAUCACUCAGAAUAAUCAUGGACCAUUCCAGUUUCGCUAAGACUUUUAAAUCAGGUACUCACUUCACCCAACAAUCUGCGGCCAACGCGAUUCCAUGGAGAAAUUAAUGCCAUGACCUUCAUGCAACGGAUUGUUUUUAAUGACGAUGCAACCAACAAUGCAACCGACAGUGCAACCGACAAUCAGUAGAGGGCGUCAUCUUUUGCUAACGGGUAGUGGCGUUAGAUUCGUCUUACGAUGGUCGUAUGAUGAGUGAGUAACUGGCUUAAAAUAUACUCUUAAAAAAAUUGGUAUAGAAACAUGCAGAAUCUUAUGCAAGGCUUGUAUACUUUCUUAAUAGCAAACUUUAUGAAACAGUGGCAACAAAAUUUUGGUUUUUUUUUUCAUAUUUCUUAUUUUGUGAAAUGAAUCACUUUACGAAAACCAUUGAGGUGGAAGAGAAAAUAAAAAUACAAUUUUCAGUGUAUAAAAGAUGACACAUGGGGUAAAAUGUAAUUGAGGGCGCAUAUAGGUCCUCGCUCGAGAUCUCAUGGUAGUAUACACAGUGCAAUAUGACGUGUAAGGCCAUUUCAAACCAUCUUUACUAUGAUUGUUAUUCUAUGAAAUUUUUGUUUGGCUACACAAAAUAAUUCAUUAUGCUUUAGUAUAUUUUUUACACCUUUCCAAUGGGCCCUUCUGUUGGUGGAUUAUACCAAAGAACAUGAGAUUUCGGUAAAUAUAUAAAACAUUACUUACAGUACCUUAAAUAAUAUUUUUUCCACUCUUUCAAUUUUACAGCGUAGUGUAAAGCAGUUCAGAAAUUUGAUUAAUAAAUGCUUUAAGAUGACAUCACAUCAUGACCAUAUAUAGGCACAUCAUGACUAUAUAUGGGCAUACAAUAUUUUUUUGUCAAAGAAAAAUUUGAUAGUGUGGACGGAGCUUUAUAUUAAUUGUGGCAGUGAGUGAAAAAAAAAUAGUAAUUUUUAAAUUUUUACAGCUUGCCAAAAAAAUUAAUGUUUUAAAAUUUCGUUUUUCAUUUUAAAUAAUUGUUAAAGUUACUCCUUACAAAUUUAUGGGUGCAGUUAUCAAGACACGUUUCUCUGCACAGGAAUGGUAGCCUCUGUCCAAAACUUUACCCAAGUAAACCCACAAAAAAAACUUUGAAUUCUAGUCAACCCCUACACAAACCAACUUGUUCCUGGUAGAUAGAUAAAGAACUCCAUUUUGUACCCAAGUAUUACUCAUACACAAACUAACGUAUACCAAAGAACUUCGCUACCCAUAGAGUAUUUGAAUUGUUUAAUACUGUAGCUCUCUUACGCUCUAGUCAAUUCAUACACAAUAACACAAAAUUUUCAACAAUAUUAAAAUAUUUUUGACUUUAUCAACAUACUUCGGACCUGUCAUAGAGGGCGCUGUUACACAGGCACUACUACACAUCCCACUUUGUUAGAAAUAUUAAUACAGUGAGGUUUUCCACUAUUUAAAGACCACUUUGGGACCGGAAUUUUGAUAGUUUUUUGCAUAUUUGAUCUUUAAAAAUAAUCAAUUAAUUACAGUAUUAUGAAAAUAUAAGAUAUGUAAGUGUUCUUUAAUUAGAACGGCCUUUUAAGAGGGAAACGUUUAUACGAGAACACAGUGUUAUGUAAAAUGAUUGGUUGAAGAUGGGUGUACAUAAAGAUAUGUAAAAUAUGUAUGAGCAAGGUACAAUAGUUAUAAAAUGAUCUGGGUGAAAGGUGAAGGGUGCAAGUUGUAAGGGUACUUAAAGAUGGGUGUAAAAUGUAUCGGGUACUUAAUAAAGGUAACGGGGUAGAGGUAGGAGAAUAACCCAUGACUCGGGAGUGUUGACCUUGUACCCAAAAUGAUUUGGGUGCAAGGUGAAGGGUGCAGGUUAUAAGUUAUAAGGGUACUUAAAGAUGGGUGUGAAAUGUAUCGGGUACUUAUAAAGGUAAAGGGGGUAGAGGUGGAAGAAUAACCCAUAACUCGCAGUGUCAUUGUGCUGAAUUGUGUAUAGGCGUGCUCCGUGACUACCUAGCCGUUGUAAAGAGGCGCUUAUAGUAGCUACAUUUUCACAUCAUUCCACGACGACUGGAGCUGAAGUGAACCAUAGCAUUGGGGUAACCCCCUACUCUUCCGAAAUAUGCAGUGGUUCUUUAAAGUGCACACGAGCCAUUGUACACUGAACCCCCAUUUUAAGUUCUUAUCUGAGAACACCUUAGUUCUACCAACUGAACCCUAUACGAGGAGCGAAGUUAGUAGCGCCCCUGCCUUACCGCUCGGCCACUUGACUCGUCCUAACUUAAUAAUAGACAGAAGAUGAUCGGUUCAAACAUGUUAAUAUGAUGAUGUUACAAAAUGUAUGGGCUAAAUGAUAGGUAAAAGGUUUAUCCUGGUACUAUAAAAUAAACUUGCUAAUUAGUAAUCACUUUCCCUCGUACUCUACUUGCCUUAUCCAAGCCCCCGGAAGUUCCAGCAUUUUAGCUUUACGCCACCCACUUUGAUUGCAUUUUUUUUUUUUAAUAGUUACUGAUUUUUUCUUAAAAAUAGUUGAAAGAAUACACAAUUAAAAUAACACAAUAAUCAAUACUUAUAAAACCAUUAUUGAAGGGUUUGCUCGUUAUUUAAUUUUCUAUUAAAAAUUAAGAAGAAAAUGUUUCUUUUUAAUUAAAAUUUUUAGGAAUUGUUAAGAAUAGUUAAAAGAAUACACAAUUAAAAUAACACAAUAAUCAAUAAUUAUCACUUAUAAAACUUUCAUUGAAGGGUUUGCUGGCUGUUUAAUUUUUAUAUAAAAAAAAUAAGAAGGAAGUGUUUUUUUCUUUAAUUGACAUUUUUAGGCCUGUUACUGAAUGGACACCUAAUUGCCCUGGGCUCCACUGCGUAGCACAGGCUGCACUGCCCAUUUCUACGUCUCUAAUGGUUAUAAAAAUAAUUGGUACAAGCUGUAUAGGUAGUGUAUAUGUAUAAGUACACAAUGUAUGGUAAUACAAAAUGAUGAAUGCUGCGUAGGAAGGUACUUAAGUAUGGCUAUAAAAGGUACCUAAAAAUUGGUAUAAAAUGUAUCAGGUAUGUAAUAAUAGGCAAAAGAUAAUGGGUACACAAACAUUUUUGGGCCUGUUACUGAAUGAACACCUAAUUGCCCUGGGUUCCAGUGCUUAGCACAGGCUGUACUGCCCAUUUCUACGUCACUAUUGGUUAUAAAAAUAAUCGGUACAAGCUGUAUAGGUACUGUAUAUGUAUGGGUACACAAUGUAUGGUUACAAAAUGAUGAAUGAUGCGUAGGAAGGUACUUAAGUAUGGCUAUAAAAGGUACCUAAAAAUUGGUAUAAAAUGUAUCAGGUAUGUAAUAAUAGGCAAAAGAUAAUGGGUACACAAAUUAUGAGGGUACAAGAUAUUUAUGUGUGAAUAGGCCUAAUGAUAAGUAAAAGGUGAUGGGUACAAAAUGUAUGGGUACAUAAUGAUAAACAAUAUAAGAUUACAAUGAGGG